CGAUGAUCCUGUGAGACCCGUGGGGCGAGUAGUUGUAAUAUUAUCAUAAUCUCUGUUUUCCAGAUGAUAUAAUUAAGGCUUACAGAGGUGAAAUAACUUACCAAAGACCAUAUAUCUGGUACUGGUCAGGCUUGAACUCAAGUCCAAGGCUUUAAAUUCUUAUACAGUUUCCACUAUUGCAUAGUAAAUGGUUAGUGCCUAUAAAGUUUUCUGGGGUCUCAUAUAUCAAAACACAAGAGUAUUUAUUCUUCUAAAAUUAAGGUUUUAUUACUAAAUGCUAAUGCUUGUAACUUAGUUUUUCUCAGGUUUUUCCUGCUUUCGGACCUUGACACAUGAAUCCCAUCUAUUGGGAACACUCCUCCCUGCUCCUCCCUCCCUUUCAACAUGUUAAUUAACUCUUCACUCACCCUUCAGGCUCAUCUUCUCCAGAGAACCUUUUCUGAUCUCCCUCCUACAAGACCUACCACCCAGCCAGUCUAAAUUUGCUCCAAGUGUCUUAAACAUGAAGAUAAAUUUGAAAUUUCCUCAGGGCUGAAGGGGAUAAGGGAUGAAGAAAAGAGAGGCCUGUGGGUCGAUAGAACAGACCUAUGUCCUGCUUCUAAAUGACGUCCAGGAAGUAGUAAGAUCUAGGUGGGACCACAGUCCACCUCAGAAAACCAUUCUUUAUUCAAUGAGUGAUGUGUAGAAGCAGCAAAAACAAGUGGAGCUGUAAAAGCCAGGCAGCUGAAAGAUGAGGAAACUUACCUCAGAGAAGACAAUUACAUGUUCAAAGCUACACAGUAAACUGAGUUACAGACUAGAUGAGGAGGAAAAGUCAUGUCAACUUCCAAACAAAAAGGACUGAGUGCUCCAGUUAGAGAAAUAUGGUGAUGUCGCAAGAAGUAUUGGUGAUAUAUAUUUACGUUUAUUUUCAACCAGAGAUCACAGACAAGGAAUCAACAGAAUCAACUAAAAAAGUAUUUGUUCAAUUUGCUAAAAAGUAAGCCAGCAAUUCUUUAAGAUCUCAAACUCCAGCAUUUCUCAUUUUAGGUAAGAGUUCUACAACAACUAGUGCUUUCAGGAUGUUUACAAGAAGAGAAAUUACCUUAUUUAGUAUUUUGAGAGUUAUAUGGAUUCAGCUUUCUAUUAUAAAAAUGUGUGCUGAUAAAAGCAUACCUAAGUCAUAGGGUGAAGGAUAAUAAAGAAGAUUUAGGUCAGAGAAAUUUUUCUAUGUUCCAAAGAAAAGUUACCUUUUCUAGUUUAUCUCAAUCAUGAGGGAAUAAGAUAAUCAACAGUAUGGACUUCAUUUUUUCAAGCAGGAUAAACAUUAUUACGUUAGCUCUAUGUGAAAGUUACUAUCAUCAGCACAAUCUUACAGAGAAGGGUUCUUGGGAAGUUUAAAUAUCUUGAUUAAGAUUCUAGAUCUGGUAAGUAGGAAGCCAAGAUUCAAAUGCAAAACAUGAGAACCUUAACUCUUAAGUUUGCUUUCUCAUUUCUUUGACAUAAAUCUUGCUUUCAACACUCGCAAAACCCUUAUGAGAUAUGUUUUCUCAUUCUAGAGAUAUUGUUAUUGAGGUUUAAAGAGUUUAAACCUUGCCCGUAAGUGUUACUCUGUAAGUGGCGAGGCUGACAUGUAAACUUGUGUUUAGCUACUUCCAAAGUUUAUGUGUUUUCCAUGAUGCCCUUCCAAGACAGUCCUGUUUAUUGUCUCACGGAUGCAGCUAAUGGUAAGUGAUAGUGGUCAGAAGUGACUGAAUAACUAGCAAUAAUCAUAAAAACACAUUAUUAAAACUUCAUGGUGGAAACUACAUGCUUAGCAAAUAUUGUUCAAAUGAAGUUCUGACCAAUAAAAUUUCGUGAAAGUUACUAUAAAUUGGACAAGAGUAUGAGAGCCACAUCAAAUCUUGAUUUGGCCAUAUUCACUGUAUCAGAUUCUCAUUCAAUUCUCGGCAAAAUGCUGGGCUCCAUUUCUGCUUUAUUUCUAUUCUCUGUUUUACUUGCCACCUCAGAAGUGAGGAGUGAGAAGCCUUUGAAGCUCUGUGGGCGAGAGUACAUAAGAACAGUCAUCUAUAUCUGUGCUAGCUCCAGGUGGAGAAGGGACCUGGAAGGGAUCCCUCUUGCUCAGCAAGCUGAGAGAGGAAACUACUUCUGGCUUCCAAAUGAACAUGAGGUUUCUGAGAGAAGCAUGGCACAAAACCUUCCGAAGGUGGAUUCCACAGGGGAGGGAAGCCUUCAGUAUGAACAGCUGCCCACUGAAGGGCUUGGAGGGUCAAAGAAGUUUUCGGUGAUGUCAAGACGAGACCUACAAACUUUGUGCUGCAAUAAUGGCUGCUCCAUGGCUGAUCUGAGUACUCUUUGUUAAGACAAGAGAAGAUAGCCAAUGGGUGGCAGAGCUUUAAGCACAUGUUUAAUUACAGUGUUUUAUCGUCCAGGACAAUAUGCUGGAUGAGUAAAAUAAUGUCUUUGGGGGAGGCAAUCAUCUUUCUUUCUUAAAAGUUUUGGAUGAAUGGUUAAUACCACAAUGAAGUCUAUUUUCUUCCUUUGCCAAGUUGACUGCACUGUUCAAAUAUUAACUAAUCCUUUGAAAUUUCAAAUGUUGUACAAAAUUUUAAUAAAAAUGUCAAAAACCAA